GUGCCACGUCUGACAUUCCCACAUUGCAACCAAGAAAAAACUCUGCCUUCGUCAUAGCGCAGUCCUUUGCGUCGCUGGUGAUCGCGGUUUCUCGAGAAACGUCAAGUUCCAGUUUCUGACUUCGGGAGUUGACCAAUUUCGAGUUCAAUCAAGCACUCUUGUCUUGCAGCGUGGGACACUACAGUCCAAGCCACCCCGGCUCUGCUCCGCUCUUGCUCCGUAAGGCGCAAUGCCGACCGCUACCACCGACGCACCGGCAGUUGCCCUUUCCUUUGCCAACAACUUCUGGGGCAAGGACGAUGCCGGCGUCCAGCCGCUCCUCGAGCGCAUGCACAAUGCGAAGCAGACAUGCGACGAGCUUAAAGCUUUCUACAGCGCCCGCGCAUCCAUCGAAGACGAAUAUGCCCGAAAACUUCUGUCAUUGUCUCGCAAGUCGCUGGGGUCGCAAGAGAUGGGCACCCUGAAAACGUCACUCGAUACCGUCCGCGGCGAGGUCGAGUCCAUGGCUAAACAGCACCAGCACGUGGCGGCGCAGAUGAAGAGCGAGCUGGAGGAACCACUAGCCGCGUUUGCCGGGGCGAUGAAGGAGCGGCGCAAGAUUGUACAGAAUACGGUGGAGAAGCUGCUCAAGACAAAGGUGCAACAGACUCAGCUGGUUAAUAAGACACGCGAUCGCUAUGAGCAAGAAUGUCUCAAGAUCAAGGGAUAUCUCGCCCAGGGCCACAUGGUUAUGGGCCAGGAAGAGAGAAAAAACAAGGCCAAGCUCGAGAAAACGCAGAUCAGCCUGGCAACAUCCAACGCCGAGUAUGAGGCUGCCGUCAAGGCCCUGGAGGAGACGACCGCCCGCUGGAAUAGGGAAUGGAAGGCGGCCGCCGACAAGUUCCAGGACCUCGAAGAGGAGCGCCUCGACUUCACCAAGAGCAGUCUAUGGACCUUCGCCAACAUCGCCUCGACUGUCUGCGUGAGCGACGACUCGUCAUGCGAAAAGAUCCGCCUGUCUCUGGAGAAGAUGGAAGUUGAGAAAGACAUUACAACCUUCAUCAAGGAGAGGGGCACUGGCCAAGAGAUCCCUGACCCUCCCAAAUACAUCAACUUCUGCCGUGGAGAUGUCGACUCGCAGUCAGAAGUAUCCGAAGACGAAAACUACUCGGUCGCCCAGUUUCCAAGGAGUAUCAACCCGGCGUUCCGCUCAUCCUCACCACAGCCAUCAACGUUUGAGUCACAUCACGAUCCUAACUCGGCAUUGGCCAGAGAUCUCGGCCACGGUGAUUCCGCAACACCGCAAAGCCGGGAGGCCACCGUGACGCCGCAGAAGUUCCCGGUUAUUCCUCACCAGGAGAACCAAAACGCUAAGAGGGAGCCGCCCAGGGGCUACCAACACCCCCGCGCAAACAACUUGGAGUACGACCCCAGCGAGUUCGCCCCUGUUCCUCACGAUCCCUAUCCGAUGGACGGCAUGACGAUGCUCUGCAGGCCCACCGGUUCAGACCUGAGUACUACGCCAUCAACAUCUUCUGCGCGGCCCUCUAGCAGAGAUUCGCACAGCGAGACCUCCUUCUCCAGCCAGGAGCCCCCGGCGCCCGUGUCGCCUGUCAAACAAGAGCAGCCGACUCCUGCCACGUCUCCCGACAAGAAGGUUCUUAAGAAGAAGAGCGGCUUUUUCCAAAACCAUAGCCCAUUCCGUCGGAAGAGCACGAAGGAGGUGGCGCCAACGAGCAGGAACACUUGGAAUCCCUCUACUGGCACCAGCCGGCCUCAGCUUGCUGCGGCGCCCAGAGACAAUCACCAGAUCAUUGCUUCCGAGCGGAGCGUCAGCCCGGAUCCAAUCGCAGCCAACGCGAGCCUCGCACUCAACGUCGGCCAAAAUGUCUUCCCGGUGGAGACUCCCGACCGACAGAAGCAAGUAGCUGCGCCGACCACGCCUGAUGAUGACCCAAUCGCCUUGGCACUGGCCGAGCUGAAGGGGGUCACUAUCGGCAAGAACUCAGCCAUGAGAAUGUCCGCGGAUCAUUAUCAUGGCAUUGCAACUCCCGCCCCUGGCGCCAGUCCAUCGCGUUCUAUGCCAGGGUCAGCAAACAACAGCGUUGUCGCAGCCGCCGUGCGAGGCACCCCACCGCCGUCCUACGACCAGCAGAUCCAAGUCCAGCGCCUGGGCGUCCCCCCUCCGGCAGUCACCGCCAAAGCGAUGAAGGAGUCCUCCCAGAAAUUCCAGCAGCAAACCCGCAGCCUGUUUAGCAGCUCCACCAACCGGCCCGGGUCCGGCGGCGGAUACGGCAGCAGCCGCCCCGGUACCAGCAGAGGCAGCAGCAGCGACAUCCCGCGCGCCGUCUCGCCAGCCCCGCAGCGCAGCGUCUCCCCCCGGCCCGACUCCCGCGCGAACGCAAGCCCGCAUCCUUUCUCCUCCUCUGCCUCCUCCUUUUCCUCCAACAACAACAAUACAGCCCACCACCAGCACCGCUCUGUCUCGCCGGCGCCUUCGGGUUACGCCGGUAGUCACCGCGGCUCGGUCUCGCAGCUGAGCAUGACGCCCAAGCAGCAGCGCGGGUCCGAUUCGUACUACGGCCGCGGCGGCGGCACCGCCUCGCCCAAUGACAUGGCGCGCGCAGCCUCACCGGCACCCUACAGCCCCCGCGCUUCUGGUGCUUCACCCGCGCCGUAUACCCCGCGCGAAUCCAUGCAGGAGCAGCGUCCAUCGAGUAGCAUGUCGAAUGGCAGGGGGAUGGGCAUGGGUAUUGGUGGUGAUAACAUGGCGGUUCAGCUUGCGCCUGUCGGACAGGAUGGUGCCGGGUCGAUGCGUGGCAGGCAUAACCGGUCAAAUACGGCGACGAGCAUGAGUAUGAGGGGCAUGAGCCUGUAUGAGGGCGCCGGGCCGGUGCAGCCGGUGACUGGCGGGUCGAGGGUGAGGAGUAAGAGUGUUGCGGCGGAUCCGGGGAGAUAUACGAGGGAUGGGAGGCCCAUUUUGCAUUUCGCACGAGCGUUGUACAUGUACCAGGCCGCCAUCCCUGAGGAACUGGGGUUUGCCAAGGGCGAUGUGCUUGCUAUUCUCCGGCAUCAGGACGAUGGCUGGUGGGAGGCGACGGUGCAGGGCGGCAACGGGCAAGAACCAUCCCUGGAUGAGGCCAAGCGGAACCUUGAUGCGCUCUUUCAAGAAACGCUAGACAGAAGGCAGCGUGCUGCCCGUGAUAACCAGGCCUUCGCCCAUGGGCCCAUCUCCCCUGCCUGGGUGCAGAAGACGGUGAUAGGCGCCAGCCUCCUCGCCAUCGCAGGAAUUCUCCUCUACAUCCCAGCAGCACUCAGCUAUCUUCAUUUCUAUUACAAGUUCCUCCCGGAUCUGGAGACGACUGUUCCGGUACAUCUGCAGUAUGGCGUCGGGCCCAACCCCUUCGGCAUUGCCUCCCUCCAAGGCCUCGCCAGCCGCCAGCCUUACGAUGUUACCGUCUCCCUCACCCUCCCCCGCUCUCCAAUAAACCUCGAACGCGCCAACUUCAUGAUUGCUCUGCACCUUCUCUCUCCAUCGAUUACCACUACCCACCAGGAAAGCCACGACACCCUCCCCUACCUCCCACCCUCACUCACACCAACAGACUCUGACGCCUCCUCCUCCCCCUCAUGGGAAAACUCCCUAGACGCCCUGCUCAGACCAACCCGGCUCAACCUUCCCUCCUACCUUGCGUCCCAUACUAUCCUGCACACAUCGACUCGCCCCGCCCUGAUCCCCUACGUCGACCCCAUCGCCUCGCUCGCCAAGCAAAUCCUCUUCCUCCCCUACCACAUGCUUGUUACACACUCGAGGGGGUCGACGGUGCACCUCACAGUGCCGAUGGCAGAGGACCUUUCGUUUCGCGCCGCCGCAACGGCCCCCCGUAGCAGUAGCCGGGCGUCUUCGCUGCUGCCGCAGAGCCUGCUGCUUGAGGUGCAAGCCGGCCAGGCGAUCCAAGUGUACGAGGCGCGCGUGACGCUGGUUGCGAGGCUGAAGGGCCUGCGCGGGUUCAUGUAUCGGUGGCGGGUGACUGCGUUUGUCCUUGGCUCAGCCGGCUUCUGGGUCGGGGAAAUGGUUGUGGUGGGUGUCGCGGCUUUGGUUACGGGACUGAUGUUAGGGAAGGGGUUGCGGUACUUGGUAGGUGCUCGUGGUGGUGGUACGGAGCCGGAGCUUGAGGCUGAGGCGGGGGAAGCGACGGAUUGGAGGAAGUGGCUUAAUGAGGAGGAGGAUAAGGAGCGGGGAGGGGACUCUUCCGCCUCUCCUAUUGUCUCUAGGAGAGAUGGGAGAGGAAAGGGGACGAUCAAGAAGGAGAAAGAAGGAGAGGAGAUGCCAAAAGUGCCCGCGUUUGGGGGUGGGUCGAGUACCGAGGCGGACGACGAGGGUGAGAGUGCGAGACGGAAGGGAAAAGGCAAUGGCAAGGAGAAAGAGUCCGAGUCGAAGGACCUGGGUGUUGAGACGAGUUUUAUUGGCGAGACCAGUCGGGAGGGGGUGAGGAGGAGGAAUGUGUCGGGCCAGGAGUCGCCUAUGUGAAAGGGAAGUAAGUUUAUUAGAGUUCGGUUGUUUAUUCAACAUUAGGUCAUGGUACGCUGGUUAGGAGACUAAGGCCAGUAGUAGCAGGUUAAUUCGCUGUCGUAAUGACACCUUGAUUAUCUGUUCGACGCUGC